AUGAAUUUUACUAGAAUAAGCGCUUGCCCUCGCAGCAUAGCAGCUCGGAAAGCGCUGGCAUUCAGACCGUUUUUGUGGGCGCCUGCGCCUUUACGUCCACUUUCUUCUACGUCAAUUCAACCCUUCCAGCCUGGUCUGCCGAUGGACUGGUCCACACAUAGUUGUGACAUUGACGCCGAACCUUUGCAUCGUUACCACAGGGGUGGCUAUCAUCCUGUCCAUCUGGGAGACUGCUUAAAUAAUGGCCGGUACAAGAUUCUACACAAAUUGGGCUGGGGUGGAUACUCGACUGUCUGGGCUGCGCGUGAUACAAGGGAAAAAACUUUUGUUGCAAUCAAAAUAUCAGUAUCCGAGCCUAAUCACCAGAGUCAAGAGAUUACCGUCUUGCGUGCCAUAGCGGCGGCACAUUCGAACCAACCUGGCUACCACUAUCUUAUGACCAUGCAAGAUCACUUCCAGAUCAAUGGUCCAAAUGGAACCCACAACUGCCUUGUGUUGGAACUGUUGGGACCAAAUGUGGCCGAUUUCCUUGACGCUCAUCCGGGCAUAGACAGGCUUCCUGGAACGCUCGCGAAAGCUAUUGCAAAACAGACCUUGCUUGGUUUGUGCUUCCUUCAUGAUCAGAAGAUUGCGCAUGCAGAUCUGCAUACCCGCAACCUAGCCUUCACAAUUCCUUCGUUACAUAUUUUGCGAGAGGAAGAUCUCCUUCAGAAACUGGGGAAACCCGAAACAGGACAUGUUCAAAGAACCGAUCGCCAAUCACUUGAGCCUAGUGUACCCCAAUACCUUGUCAAACCCACUUCCUAUCCAAUAGAUGCUGAAUCUUCAUUUAAAUCGAUCAAGAUCAUUGAUUUCGGCCAAUCUUUCUUGAACCAUGACAGCCCUAGCGCCCUUCACACUCCACUUCCUUUUCGCGCCCCUGAGAUUAUCUUCAGAGACAAAUUGGAUCAUCGCGUUGAUCUCUGGAGUAUGGGCUGUAUAUUGUUUGAGCUUAUUGUCGGACAACCGCUGUUUGACAGCUUCAUGACAACGCCUGCAAUUCUUGUCCGUCAAAUGCUUGAGACAAGUAGCGACACUUUGCCAAACCGUUGGCAAAAGGACUGGCAUGCUAUGAAUGGAACAUUGUUCAGCGACAGUCCCGCUAAUACCCUCCAAAGUUGGCUGGAGGAAAUGUACUAUGAUGGAGAGAGGACUGAGGAUAUGAGCCGAGAGGACAUUGUACGGGUUAGCGUGCUGAUCGGAAGUAUGCUACGGUUGGAGCCUUCCGCCAGGGCAUCACCGAAGACCGUUCUUCAGGACGCUUGGUUCCAGAGAGACUGA